AUGCUAGAAUUAGAAGAUAAAAUAAGUAUAACAACAAUAAGCAGCUUGCAGUUAAAAAUUGAUGAAGUAAAGGCAGGCUAUUGUGUUGCGUUUAAAUUAUUAAAUUAUGAUGAAUUAAAUGCUACAGUUAACUCUAAUAUUAAGGCGAUUAGUAUUUUAGAUCAAAUUAUUCAAGAAGUAUGUGGGGAGUUAAUUACUAGCGAUAAAUCAGACAAGUGUUUUCGAGCUAUAAGUGAUAGGAGUAUAGAUUCAUAUUUAGCAGUCUUAACAUCAUUACCCAAUGAAACCACUGCGAAACCUAACGUAAACAUUCCAAUAUACAAGACAAUAGUAAGCAACACACUAUUACUAGUUUUACCUAUAAAAAAACCGCAACUAGUGCGUGAGGUUGCCCUAAAAAUCCAUUUAUUGUCCCAACUCUAUGUUGAAAAUUCUCAGGCAGAAUUUUAUAUAAAUUGUGGUAUUGCUAGUAUGGCAUUUCCUAAAAUCGGUAGAGAAGCCCAAACAAUAUAUAGGAUAUUAAAUUGGUUGCUGUCCUAUCAGGGGGAUCAAUUGUAUUACCGGGAAUAUGAUAAUAAGCAAUAUAAUAUAGAAUAUGUGAAAGGAGCUAAUAGACAACUUAAUCUUUUGAGGAAGGCAUUAUUAAAUAAAAAUAUGGUCUUUGCUUAUCAGCCUGUGAUUGAUCGUAAAACAAUGGGCAUUAGUUAUUAUGAAUGUUUACUGCGAAUUCCUGAUGCCAACAAUAAUUUAAUUUCGGUAGGGAGCCUGAUUCCAGAAGCCGAAAAGAAAGGUUUAAUCUUUAUAAUAGACCAAAUAGUAUUAGAAAUGGCUGUGCAAGAGCUAGUAGUCAAUAAGGAUUUAAGGUUAGCAGUAAAUAUUUCUAAUAUCGGUAUAUUAGAUCCUCCAUUGUUAGCAAUAGCAGAAAAACUAUUACAAGCUUAUGAUGUAGCAGAAAGGCUGAUCAUUGAAAUUACUGAAACUACUUUUAAUAAUAAUUAUGCCCAAAUAUCCUCUUUCAUGCUAAAACUCAGGAGAUUUGGAUGUAAAUUUGCUUUAGAUGAUUUUGGCAGUGGUUUUACUUCCUUUGAUCAAUUACAAAACUUACCAAUAGAUAUUAUUAAGAUAGAUGGUAGCUAUGUACGUAAUAUUACCAGUAAUGCACAAUCUCAAGAUUUUAUUGCCAGAUUGAUAAAAAUUUCUGAAGAGGUAGGCGCUAUAACGGUAGCAGAAUUUGUUGAAAACGGGGAAAUAGCUAAAUCUCUGAUCGAUUUAAAAGUUGAUGGUAUGCAAGGGGAUUUUUUUCCCCCAGCUUUAACUAAUAAAAUGAAAGAUUAG